AUGGAAGAUCCACGGGAUGUCUCAAUCCAAAAUUCACCCCAUCUCAGACGUCUUUCUGACUACCUUUCAAGAUCCACAAUUUCAGAUGCGUACACUGCAGCUCGAGGUCCCCUUGAUCUAACAGCCGACCCCGCCACCCUACCAAAUAUUGAAAUGCGGAAACUCAGUUCCUACUUCCAGGCCGGCCCCAGAGGAGCCGCCCCCAGUAAGAAGGGACCUGCGACUGUUCACAAAGUCAAAGGAGCUAAUUCCCGUAUAACCAAGCCGGCAAAGGCAGUACGUCUAAGCCCUGCAGGCAGAAAGCAGGUAGCCCAAGAGACAAUAGCUCAUAUUCCAACCAUUUUGCGCUCGGCAGACGCUGGAUCUCGGCUGGGUUACAAAGUUACCAAGGACAAUGUUGGCCCUCUGAACUCUAAAAUGGAAGAAUGUCAGGAUCUGUCCACUCGGGUAAUAGUCGUGCAGGGAGAUACAUAUGAUGUCGCCGUCGCCCUUCAUAACGCCCGCGAUCUCAUGGAUCAUGCUGAUCCAAUGCCAGUCUGUGUUCUCAAUUUUGCAAAUGCCGAGACUAUCGGGGGUGGUUGGCUUCGUGGUGCCUCUGCUCAGGAGGAACAACUUUGCUACCGAAGCACCCUCAGUGAGACUCUCUUGCCCCGACUUUACCCUAUGGGCGACAAGGAAUGUAUUUACUCACCCCAUGUGAUAAUUUUCCGUGAGAAUGAGAAGCGAGGGUAUAGCUACAUGUGGUCGAACAAGCGAGACCCGCUCCCACAAGUCAGUGUCAUCAGCAUGGCUGCGCAAAGGCACCCACCUACGACCGAAGCCAACAAGUAUCUGAAUGACACUGAUCAUAAACUUACGAAAGAUAAGAUGCGAAUGAUCCUACGCACGGCAGGACACAAUCGUCACCAACGCCUAAUUCUAGGCGCCCUUGGCUGUGGCAUGAUUGGUCAUCCGGUUCAGGAGGUGGCUGAUUGCUGGAAAGAGGUACUCAAUGAGGUAGAGUUCCAGGGCUUCUUUGAUCUGAUUGUUUUUGCCAUCUAUGAUGCAAGCAAUGAGGGUAACUAUAAAAUCUUCCAUGCCACUUUGCAUGAAGAUGUGGAAACUGAUUACGAAAAUAUCGAGUAA